AUUACACCAUUUCGCACUUCUCUUACUUUCUUGCACAACGACAUCACUGAAAACAAAGAACAAACUUUAGAGGUCGUCUCUUGCUUUAGACAAAAACAACCCAGAACGCAAAAGACGAAGAAGAUUGAAGUUCUCAUUCUCCCGUGCGUUAUUUCCCUUGUUCAACUAUCAAUUUCUCUGUAGCACCGUUCUCGGCAAGGAAAACUCUGCAAUGGAAAACGCGCGCGCUCUUACGUCGCAAAGGGACCAUACGUUACAAAGAAUGAUUUACGGCUGAUGUCAGUACGUUUUCUUUUCUGUGAAUGGAUCACUGCACGACAUUACGUUAAACGUUGAGAUUUAAUUUUGUAAUAAUUGUAAUAGGAAACGAGGAAGUUUACAAGCACAGUCCUCAGUACAAUCUUGCUCUGACCAGAGAGCUCGCGACAGCGGACGUAUAUUCUAUGCACACACGCAUACAACCAGCAGACAUAUUGCAGAUUGAAUUUACGUCCGUACAGCAGGCCAUUUCCGAGUUUCCUGUCAUCUCUCUUUCAAAAGGAGUCCUUGAGCGAAACAUUCAUCCGAAAAUGAGUUUGAUUUGUAUGAAAUGAGUCACAAGUGAAAGAAAUUUUAAUCUGAAUGAAUGGUUUUCACGAAGACCCGUUCUCACACAGAGGCAAGGGGCAACUUGGGAAUGGCCUCUAGAGUUAUAAAGGCACAACUUCUGUGUUGAUAAAGUAUGCGUGUGUGGCCAUGACGUUUACACUGAGAGCCCAAUACGGACACCAAGAUGGGAGAUGAUAGGAACUUUUGGGAGACCCUUUGCUUUUCUCUGUAGUUCAUACAUGUACGCAUUGCGGACCAUUAUUGAUUUUGAACCCUGGUGUCACUUUUCAAGGCGUCACAGACAGUCGUCGGUAGCUGCAUCGCAGGCAGGGCAAACCACCAACUUGGAGAUAACGGUACUGUUGAAGCUCAACAACUCCUGUUCACAUACCUCCGGCUCGGUAUAAAGGUAACGCCACUUCAGCUCAAAAUGCUGCAGUUUUUAUGGGUGUUUUACUUCGCAUCAGUUGUCAGCUGCGACAUCCUAAAAAAUCAAGAUAGUAAUCAAUGGUACAAGGAUGGUGUCAACCUGAUCCAACACAAACUCAAGGUGAAACCGAACACAAAAACUGCCAAGAACGCCAUUCUCUUCAUGGGCGAUGGAAUGGGCAUCACUACUGUCACCGCUGCUUGCAUCUUGGAUGGACAGUUGAAAGGUAAAACAGGCGAGGAGAAUGUGCUGAGCUGGGAGGAGCUCCCUUGGACAGCCCUGGCCAAGACUUACGCUGUUGAUCAGCAGGGUCCUGACUCCGCCAGCUCUGCCACAGCGUUUCUGACUGGAGUUAAGACCGACCAGGGUGUUAUAGGAAUGGACGAAAGAGUAGAAUGGGGUUACUUUUCGUCUGCCAGUAAGGAACGCGAAGUUGUCUCUAUCCUCUCGCUCGCAGAGAUGGCUGGGAUGUCAACUGGGUUCGUGUCGACCGCGCGCGCCACGCACGCAAGUCCUGCGUGUUCGUAUGCACACUCUGUGGACCGUCGAUGGGAAAGUGACGCAGAUAAGAAGAGAAAAGCCUACGAUGAUCCGUCUGCAUGCAAGGAUAUCGUCGGUCUGUGUGGGAGAAUCUUGACCUCGGUCGGAGGAGGACGGAGAGAGUUCAUGCAUCAAAAUCAAACAGACCCUGAGUAUCCUGAUAAAAAGGGAGAGAGACUGGACGGCAGAGACCUGAUUAAGGAGUGGGUGGACAAGCAUCCGAAUUCCCAGUAUGUGUGGGACAAAACCGGUUUUGACAAGAUUGACGCGGAGAAUGUUGAUCACAUGAUAGGAGGACGUAUUGAUCACGGUCAUCAUGACGGUCAGGCGGUUAGAGCUCUUCAUGACACUGUAGCUAUGAAUAAAGCGGUGUCUAAAGCAACCGACAUGAUAAAUCUAGAUGAAACCCUGCUAACAGUGACCGCUGACCACUCUCAUGUGUUUACCGUCGGUGGAUAUCCAAAGCGAGGGAACCCCAUAUUUGGCUUAGUGCGUCACGUGAACGGAAAGUUAGCAGUAGACUCGAAUAACAAGACAUACACCUCGCUUGGUUACGCCAAUGGCAGGGGGGGAUUAAACGGGAGUCGUCCAGACCUGAGGAGGGUGGACACAGCAGACAAAGACUACUUUAAACAAGCUACAGUGCUGAAAGAUUAUGAGACUCACGGAUCAGAAGAUGUUGGGGUGUACGCGGACGGGCCUGGAGCGUACUUGUUUCAUGGCGUGGUUGAACAGCAGUAUGUUUUCCACGUGAUAGACCACGCGUUGUGUUUGAGUAGCAGCAAACAGCAGUCAUGUGACAGGCACGUGACACGUGGAGGACGAGAAGUCAAGAAUACAGCUUACCUGACUUCAGCACCUUCAUUACAUCUCCUGAUGGUGAUGGUGGCGUGUUGGAUAGCUGCCUUUACACAAUGUUGAUUACAAGAUACUAAGGAUGCGUUUUUCUUUGGGAAAAUCGAAGAUUGGUUUCUUAAAUCCGAAAGUAUUUUGCGUUUCUUUGUUAAGCAGAUUAAUUCAAUAUCACUUGAAUCAUGGUGCGUCAAAGGAACCAAAGAAUCCUUUCUGGGCAUGGAUUCUUUAGUGCCUGUGAUGCAUUAUGGUCCGAGUGAGAUAUAUUGGAUUAAUCUUUUUAGUAAAGAAAUGGAAACUCCGUUUCUUGGAUAUAAGAAUCCAAUCUUGGAUUUUCCUAAAGAGGCGCACCCGUAAAAUUCUUUUAUAUGAGAAACGAUGAGACAAGUUGAGAUAAGUACUAUCAGAGAAACACAACUGCAUUUAAAAAUUGUGGAUUGACGGCAAUCGUGUUACCAUCAUGACAAACAAGACUGUAUUUUCUGAGAACUAUGAUUAAAUGAAAGAUAAUGUUAGCACAGAAUGUGGUAGUGUUUUGUCUUUUCUUCUCUCAUGCCUGUUUUCGAUCACUGCCUUCUGUUUUGUUUAGUCUUCGAAUAGCCCUUCGCCGAAAGCAGAAUUAUUCUCUUUUCGUAAAAUCCAUGUAAAAGCGUUCUUCGAAAGUCCAAAUGGGGUGGUGACUUUCACGGCUAAUGGUUACUAUUUUGGCUUUUUACGGCUAAUGGAGAGAUUUUGAGACAUUCAAUUUGAAGCUAAAGGUUUUAGCGGUUGAUAUUUUUUUACAAUCAGACGGUUAAAAUCUCAGCCCAAUUUUUACGUCUCAAGGCUAAAUUUGUGGCCUGUUUUUGUGAACCGGGGUUACAUAAGCAUAAGCAUAAGGAUGGCUAUUGCGCAGGCGCAGUUCACCUCUCAGGAAUCAAAGAUGGCGGAUAACGAAGUAGAAAUUGGAUUGUUGCUACUGUUAAGCCGUAGGAAUCGAAAAAGAUUGCUUAUGCAAAGACAAACACAAAGAAAACCGAGAAAGGUCUGGAUAAGAGACAUUUUUACGAGAAGA